AUGUCGGACAACUAUGUUGACAAGUUCAAUGUGAUUGUCAGAGAACUUAGUGUCAAUCAUACACUUAGAUCCAAGAAGUUGUAUGUUUCCGUGGACUUUGACCAGUUUAAGCAGUGCAAGACAGAGGUGUUGCAGUCGACACAUGACGGCAAGGCACAAUGGCCAAACACCUUUCACUUCCAAUACGAGACAAAGUUCAUUGAUAAGCUCAAUCGCAAGUUGUGCAAGCUGACACUUUACAGGAAGAAGAAGAUUGGUUCGGAUUCGAUGGUUGGCCAGGUCCAGAUCGACUUGCAUACACUGGGUACCGGACCCGUCCAGCACGAUGUAUUGCUCACCAAGGGCACGGUUGGCGUUGGACGCACGACCUUUAAGCUCGAGAUGCAGCACAUCACACAACUACGCAUUGACAUUGCUCAGAUUGCAGUCACCAACAUGGACUCUAGUCUCUUCUCCAGCGCAAGCGACUCAACCAACUUUAUUGAGUACUCACUAAACAAGAACAAUAUAAUCACAACUCAAAAGGUCACUGGAUCAUCAUGUCCAACCUGGAACAAGUUGGCACCAAUCACUCAGGUCAUUUCCCUCAAGGAUCUGGUCGACAGCCAUGUACAUAUAGAACUCAAGGCUUCCCAUGCACUCAAGAGCUCAUCUCUUGCUCAACUAAAGAUACCAAUCAACAAAAUAUUCUCAUUCAUUGAAGGCGACAACAAGGUGAUCAAUAGUGUGCUGCUAGACAUGCAUAACAAGAGGAUGGCGGACAUUCAUAUCAAGUUGCAAUUCAAUGAUAUCCCUCAGUUGGCACAGAUGAAGGAUGGCAUUCAUACAGAGACUGGCGUGCUCAAUGGCCAGCCCUUCUUCUCUGGCGUGCCCCUGCCAAACAUCCUUGGCGACAUGUCCAAGCAGCAGUUGCAGCAACCAGAGCAGCAUCUCCAGCUGCCACCAGGCUGGGAGGCCAAGGUGGACCGAAUGGGAAGGACAUAUUACAUCGAUCACAACUCGCGAACAACCUCAUGGCACAGUCCAGUCGCAGUCAAACAGCCGAUCGAGAAUCGUUUGAUCCAGUCCCAGCUGCGUCCUCUGAGCAGCAGCAGCGCUGAGAAGGAGAGACGUGAGAGGGCUGCCAAAAUCAUCCAGCGCACCUUUAGGAAACAUAGAAAGGACCAGUAUGAGCAGAGCCUCAGACGGCCAUCCUACAGCCAGCAGCAGCAGGGCUACACGAGGUCGCCUCUGCCGCCAGGCUGGGAAUGCAGGGUGGACGGCCGCGGCCGCACCUACUACCUGGAUCAUAACAACCGUGUGUCCACAUGGACGCCGCCCCAGCUACAGAUGGCAAAGUCUAGAUGA